AUGAAGUUUAUUACGGCUAUCGCCACCAUUGUCCUGGUUUCGACCUCGGUCGUAGCCCUCCCAGCAGAGCCCAUCGCCACUCCAAACCCUCACAUCGAGCCAAUGUGGUCGAAAUGCACCAAGUUCUACCAAGCAACCCGUGGAGAGACUUGUGCGUCCCUUGCCUCCAAAAACAACCUUACAGUCGCCGACAUCAUGGGCCUGAACCGGGGCAUCGGCGGCCAGCGUGGAUGCCAGAUGGGCAAUAUCAUUGAGGCGUACUGGUACUGUGUAAAGCCAGAGGGCUGGUAA